AUGAACGACACUCACAAGACACCGACAACAAUGUCGAACCCAACAACACCUACAAUCUCAUCACCAACUAUAACGUCCGCCCCGGCUUCACUACCAAUGGUUGCAUCGACAACAGCAUCGAUUACACCAGUGGCACAUCUGCCAAUGCCAUCACAGAUAUCACUGACUAAUAAUGUCAGUCCACUGUUACACUCCCAACCAACUACACCAAACCCAAAUACAACCACUACACUUUCAUCAAUCUCUGCAAUAACAGCCACAUCGCCACCAGUGCCUCCAUCCGCAGCUUCACAAUAUACACUACCAGGAACCACAACGAUGAUGGGAUCCGGCGCCACCACUUUGCUUGGACCAGGCUCCACGACAUUACUGGGCCCAUUGGGCGCCACCACUACCACCACUACAGGCCUCACCAUAUCGCCAAUGUUAUCACCAAUGCCCACUCCCGAGAAGAGGGCACGUGGUCGUCCCAGAAAGAACCCUCCACCAGCACCAAAAGACCCCAACUUGCCAAAGAGACCACGCGGUCGUCCACCCAAGCUGGACAAGGAUGGAAACCCAGUCCGUGCACAGCUGCAGGCCUCACAGUCACCAGGUGCCGAGGGCAAGAAGCGUGGCCGUCCCAAGAAGCCAAAGGACCCCUCAGAGGCUGAGGUCGAGGAUGAUGAGGAGGCUGAUAGCACUGGCACCGACGGUGACACUCCAAAGAAGCGUGGACGCUCAAACAAGGCCAACAAGACUGGCGAUGGACAAUCACCAGCAUCAGCCAAUCGAACAAAUUCAACAUUCACAUCGGACGUAGGAGUAGUAGUAGAUUUCCAGCCAAACUUUUCCAUCUUCCACUGA